AUGGAGAGGGCGCAGAAGGGCGUGGAUAUCGACGCCCUAGGGAUCGCCGUGCCACGGGUAAGGAGGGCCCUAACGGGGGCCCUCAUUGCUGAGAUCCCAGGGCCGGAGUCCGUCACCAAGGCGGACGAACUGGCCUCCCGAUUGGAGAAGGUGUUUGCGGGGUCGGGUGUAAGGGUCACCCGGCCCCUCAAGAAGGCGGAGCUGCGCAUCCGGCGGCUGGACGACGCUGCCACGGAGGAAUCGGUGUCGCGGGCGGUCGCAGCCGCAAGAGGCUGCGACCCCUGCGACGUCGAGGUAGAACCGAUCCAGAGGUCCCCAGAUGGCCUGGGGACCUCGUGGAUCAGGCUUCCUGCGCAGGCCGGCGGAAAGGUCGCCGACCUGGGCAGGAUUAGGGUAGGCUGGGCCUGGGCACCAGUAAGUGUGCUGGAGCCCAGGCCACUUAUGUGUUUCAAGUGUUUGGCGAGGGGGCACGUGCAAGCGACGUGCCCCAGUAGAGAAGACCGCCGAAACCUGUGCUACAGGUGUGGCGCGGCGGGUCACCGAGCGCGGGGAUGCGCCGCUGACCCGGAGGGCCCCCUGUGCACGGGCCUCGGCAGGAGGGUGGACCACAGGCUGGGCAGCGCGGCCUGUGCUCCGCUCUCCAAGGGAGGGAAAAGCGGGGUGUAG